AUGUACAGAGGAUGUAAAGAACCUGUUGCCAUUGGCGGUUCACAAAAGAAAGGUGUUUCAUGCUCUGCAGUAUUGGGUGUAGGUAGGAUAACAAUUAUUCCUCGACCGUUGUCUUUACGUCUUAAUUGGUCGGGUAAUCCUCGUCUUUGUGCUAUGGGAACUACAUGUACUUUUAGUUCAGGUGCUUCAGACCAACUGUCAUCUUCUUUACCACCUCCAGCUCCUGCACACCUACAGCUUCCUUCACUACCUGAAUCACACACCUUUGUAACCACACGAGUUAGGCGUGCACCAAUAGCUCCCGAUCCAGCGUUAUUACGCCGUCGUGUAGCUGAACAGCGUCGUAAAGUUCAACAGUCCUUGAUUCGAUUUCUGGGUCGUGUUCAGCCCGUUCAGUAUCUGUUUCCCGGUGAUGCAGAAUCAUUUAUGCUGAUAACUCCAAAAACUUCUCAUCGUCCGUACUUAUCAGCUUUACUUGCUGGUGCAUCAACAAGUAAGGAUGAACAAAAUUCUAAAUCAAACACCUUGACAAGGAGCGUCUCUAAUCAGCCUGCUGUAGUGAAAAAUCGAUUUUUGCUAAAACCGAAAUUCCCUAAAUAUUGA